GCCCUGAGCGCAUGCGUACAACUCGCGGCGGCCCUCACCUGGCGCAGGUUCAGGCGGGCGCUGGAACGGCCCUCAAAACAUCCGACCCAGCUCUGGCCCCAUACGGCCUCUGAGAUUGUCAAACAGCGCCGACCCCGAGAGUCGUCGUCUUCGCGCCUCAAGACUCAGGAAUGUGUCGUCCCUAGUCUGCAUCUGGGCCUCUGCCGCGGUGUGGACCCCUCCUUUCAGUGCCCCAGGGACUGGGAUCAGCAUGGGAAGAAAGAAAACAGACUCAUAACUGUGUGAACUUGGCAGAUUACAUGUAUGUAUGUGGGUGUCAACAAGUAAGAACAGAGCUGGCAGAACUUCACACAUCUCCAACACAGUAAACCAGAAGAAAAAGCAAAGCAGAGUGGCCUUGGCUCUGGUACAGACUGACCCAGGAACCAGAUGAGCAGAGACCUCUGCGUCCACACCUGGCCGUGCUCCUACUAUUUAGAACUUGAGAAGCGAUGGGUUCCUGGAAAACUUUUGUUAACUUCACUCUCACUAAAAUUUAUGACUGAAAAGACUGGAGACUUUCUUGUCAGCUUUCCCCUUGCUGAUAUAAUUGAGAUCAAGAAAGAGGCUUCUCAUUUUAUCUUCAGUUCUAUCACCAUCCUGGAAAAGAACCAUGUCAAGCACUGGUUUAGUUCCUUGCAGCCUAGUCGGAAUGUUGUGUUUCAUGUCAUCGAGCACUUUUGGAGAGAGUUGCUGCUGUCUCAGCCAAGAGCUGCUGUGGAGGCGUCAUCCUCCCCCGUGACCAAGGGGAAGGAGCUGACUGGUCUGAUGGCCUGUUCCCAGAAGCGUCUGGAAGAUGCAGCCAGAGUCCUACACUACCAGGGUGAGCAGCUGAACAGCAUAACAAGCAGCCUGGACAAUAUGGAUUCUGACCUGGAUGUGGCUGACAGGUUGUUGACAGAGCUGGAAUCUCCUUCUUGGUGGCCCUUUAGCUUCAAACUUUGGAAGAUGCCACCAGACACAAAGUCCAGGGAAGGCUCCUCAAUGGCUAGUACAAAAGCUCUUGGAAAAGAAGGGAUAGUGAUCAGAAUUCCUGCUAUUAUUUCCCAAAGAACAGAAUCUCAUGUUAAGCCAGGAAGGCUCACCAUCCUUGUUUCUGGGUUGGAAAUCCAUGACUCAAAUUCUUUGCUGAUACACAGAUUUGAAAGAGAAGAUGUAGAUGACAUUAAGGUUCACACCCAUUAUGAAGUUAGCAUCCGCCAGCGGUUCAUUGGGAAGCCAGACAUAGCUUUUCGUUUGAUAUCUGCCAAGAUGCCAGAGGUUGUCCCCAUUUUAGAAAUGCAGUUCAGCAAGAAGAUCGAGUUUUUAGAAGAUGCCUUAAUGCUCAGAAGCACUGGAACCUCAUGGCAGGCAGCAUCCAGGCCAGUGGACUGCGCCAGGCACCGAGAGCCCUCCUCAGGGAGCCAGGAAGGCGGGCUGCUUCAGCUACAGAUGAGUGAGCCACUCGUUUCCGAGGAGGACACCCAGGAGCUCAGACAGAUCUUGGGGAAGCUGAAGGGUCUUGCCCUGGAUGCCGAGGCAGAGCUGGAAAGACAGGAUGAGGUCUUGGAUGUCAUCGCCACUGCCGUGGACAGGACAACCUUAACUAUUGACAAGCAUAAUCGACGAGUGAAAAAACUGACCUAAAAGGACAGAGGAGUGUAGAGGUGAGAGCUUUUGAUAAGAAUCAUGUCUCUCGGUAUGUUCUCUUCAACCCCUGCAUGCUGCCUUCAUAGGAAAACCACAGGAAGUCAUUCUUGGGACCAGAGAGAAACUUGCCGGCCCUGCCUCAGAGGCAUACCUGCCUCAGGACCAAAGGCUACUGUGAAGGCCACGGGCAGCCACCUAAGGGUCCUCUGCGGGGCUCUGAAGGUGCAGCUGCAAGAAAGGAGUUCUGCCUACAGACACGGCGAAUGGCAUCGCGCCAAGGCGCUCUCGAGCUGCUGGUGCAUUGAGAGCACCCACGCACUCAAACACGGGGCUGAGCCGUCGCAAGCCCUGCACAGCUGCAUGGUGGCUCUUCAUUCAGAGGAUGGGCUGAACCCAGCACCCAGGGACCACUUUGCGUGGCUUUAUCCCAGGUCUCCAGCAUCACCAGUAGCUGCAUUGCCAUUCUUUCUCCUCCCUUGUUGGGUAUAAAAGGAGGGUUUAAGCCUCUGCGAAUGAAAUCUGCUUUUUUCUAACUCUGUGGGUCUAAGUACUGCGCCUGCACCUGCUCCCCUCCUUGGGCCGCUAAGCAACCCACAGCCUUACUUGUUCCAUCUCUCUGGUGAACAGGCUGGCUUAUUUUUGGUUGUAUUAUAAUUUUCUAAUUGAAGCUAAGAGUCUAGCAUACCUUGAGGUCAUCAUAUAAACACCUGAAAUACUAUUUCGCUGCCUAGUUUUUACCCAAAUGUGAAAAUAGUGCGUACUGUUUUAAAGGUGUUGAUAUUUUGCCCAGACGGUUUUGCUCAGUGCUUGAAUGUUGACCCAUGAACCUGGAGGUCAUAGUUUGAUUCCCGGUCAGGGCACAUGCCUGGGUUGUGGGCUCGAUCC